AUGCUCGCGGGGUUAGGCGUCAGCACAGCCACCUUCAACCCAGCCGACUGCGAUUCGUCGUACGCGCUGCUCGAGCGGCCAAACGCCGAGUGGCCUGUGGGCGCCACCGACACAUUUGCCGCUUCGACGCGCGAGAAAAAGACGCGAAAGUGGCGCAAGAUGGUGGAGCCCUGGUGGGAUCACGAGCUGGUGAGCGUGCCGUCGACGCACGGGCAGCGCAACAUCACCAUCGCGCUGCACCGCUGGAGGGCGCGGCACGCAGUCACGCUCGGUGGCGGGCGGCGCCCCGCACUCGUGCUCUGGGUGCACGGUGGCGGGAUGGUGCUGCCGAGCGGGCGGCUGGGCGACCCGCAGAUCGGCAUCCUCAGGCGGCUCGGCCCGCAGCUUCUGAUUGCCGCCGCCUCGCACCCGACGAACACACGAUACCGUACACACCCUGGCUUCCACAUGACAGAGGUCGAAUACGCCCUCGCUCCGAGGUACCCCUGCCCGGCGGCUGCGGAAGACGUGAUCAACUCGCUCGACUGGGUCCUCUCUCACGCGGCGGCGCUGGGAGGCGACCCAGAGCGCGUGGCUGUGAUGGGCGAGAGCGCGGGCGGGAACCUCGCCGCUGCGCUGCACGCGGCGCGGCGCCGCCUGCCGGUGCGCUUUGCGGGCGUCUUUUACCCGAUGGUGGAGAACGCGGUGGCGAGCCCGAGCUACAGCCUCUUUAGCCAGGGGCCGGGCUUGAGGAAGUGCGCGAUGGAGUUCUUCUGGCGCGCGUACUGCCCGACCGCCGAGGCGUGCAGCACGUGGCGAUGCACACCGCUGAGCGGCGACGCGCUCGCGGCGGCGGCGACGGGCCACCCGCCGACCCUGGUGAUCAGCUGCAGCUCCGACGUGCUGCGCGACGACGGAGUGAGGUACUGGCGCGCGCUCGUCGCAGCGGGCGUGGCGGCGGACCACCAGCAGGUCGAAGGCAGCCACGGCUGCACGCACGCGGCGAACAGCUCGACGCGGGACCGGUACCUCGACAAGCUGCGCGUGGCACUGGGACUAGAUUGAUGAAGAUGAAGAUGUGCCUUUGUAGAGAGGAGAUGUAGCCUCGCGGCCCCAGCGGCAUUACAGAUGGUGACUGGCGGGCGUUUUUCAUUGCGAGGGCCUUU